AUGGCUUCAAUUCCCAAGUUCUCUUAUCAGAGGCUGACCAACGAAGGAGGAGAAGAAACAUCAAUCCGAUUCAAGAACGCAAGGAAAUGGUCGAGGAGCGCCAUUAAAAAGCGACCGAAGCUCAGAAUUCCAGCGCUAAGAAGGUUCCUUAGAAGGAGAAGCAGAGUUUUCUUGAGGCUUAAGCUUUCAUGGAGGAAGGCUUUGAAAAGGCUGAAGAAUGGGCAGUCUCACAUGAACGAUUUGUUUGGUGGCAAUUUCCUGGUUCUGCAACCGUAUCACUCUCCUUUCAAAACUGGCAACAAUCCAUUGUAG